AUGAAUGAUUCUGAUAAUGAAUUUAAUUUUUUAUCUGGCCAAGAUGAAGAAAGUGAUAUCAAAUUAUUAGCUUCAACAUCUACAUUUACUCCAGCUUUAUCUACCUCGGCUUUAUAUACUGCAUUGGAAUUAUUAGAUAAUAAAGAAGUAGAAAUAAAAAAGGUUUCUUGUAAAUUUGAAGAUUGCGAUACAGAAUAUGUAUGGCUAGGAUCAACCAGUAAUUGUAUAACCCAUCUUCAUGAUAUACACCAAAUCACCAAAGAAUCACUUAAAAAUAUAUUAGUAAAAGCAAAGCAACAAACGAUUUACCAACCUAUUUCUAUUGUUGAUGAUGAUGAUUUUAGGCUUUGGACAAAAAAUCUUGAUCCCCAAUUUAAAGUUCCAUGUGUUAAUACUAUUAAAACCAUUAUAUUUAACUUCUAUGAUUCUGCAAUAAAUCAAAUUAUAGAUCUUAUUUCAAAGACAUCAGAUACUGUUUCUUUAACCUUUGAUCUUUGGUCAUCAUCUGCAGUGCAACAAAUGUGUAUUUCUAAUGUGAAAUGUGCUGGGCAUAUGCUUCAAUUGAGUGUCUAUUUAGGUUUAAAGGAAGUUGAUGAAAUCAUUUCAAAAUGUAAAGCACUUAUCUCAAUUUUAUCAAAAGAAAAAAAAUGUAGACAACUUUGUGAAGCUCAAUUACAGAUUACUUCAGGGCUUAAAGAGCCACUUGAUAUUAUUAAAGAUGUCAGAAAAGGAGCAGAAACUAUGGGCCCUUAUAUUCUCUCUUCAGAAGAAUUUGAAUUAUUAGAAGAACUCAUUAAAGUUCUUUCUCCUUUUGAUGAAGCCACUCAAUUUUUAAGCAGAUCAAAGUAUCCAACACUGGGUUUCAUAACACCAAUUUUGAAAGAACUUGCUCGUCAGUUUAGAUAUUUUAUUGGACAAAAUAGUAUGGCAAUUCUUGUUAAAGAUACAAUUUUAGACAAUUUAAUUGAAUGA